AUGUCAGUUAAUGUUGACAUGGUGACCAAACUUGUAGUUGUUGAAGCGCCUCUAACUGUGUCUGGUGCAGACUCUGGCAGCCCCAGUACAACCACAGGUGUUACAGUAGUUAGUGAAGCAGACAAUACGUACAACAAAUCCUCUAACAGUGUGUCUGGUGCAGACUCUGGCAGCCCCAGUACAACCACAGGUGUUACAGUAGUUAGUGAAGCAGACAAUACGUACAACAGAGCCUCUAACAGUGUGUCUAGUGCAGACUCUGGCAGCCCCAGUACAACCACAGGUGUUACAGUAGUUAGUGAAGCAGACAACACGUAUAACAGAGCCUCUAACAGUGUGUCUGGUGCAGACUCUGGCAGUCCCAGUACAACCACAGGUGUUAAAGUGGUUAGUGAAGCAGACAAUACGUACAACAGAGCCUCUAACAGUGUGUCUAGUGCAGACUCUGGCAGCCACAGUACAACCACAGGUGUUACAGUAGUUAGUGAAGCAGACAAUACGUAUAACAGAUCCUCUAACAGUGUGUCUAGUGCAGACUCUGGCAGUCCCAGUACAACCACAGGUGUUAAAGUGGUUAGUGAAGCAGACAAUACGUACAACAGCGCCUCUAACAGUGUGUCUAGUGCAGACUCUGGCAGCCACAGUACAACCACCAGUGUUACAGUAGUUAGUGAAGCAAACAGUACGUACAACAAAUCCUCUAACAGUGUGUCUAGUGCAGACUCAGGCAGCCCCAGUACAACCACAGGUGUUACAGUAGUUAGUGAAGCAGACAGUACGUACAACAGAGCCUCUAACAGUGUGUCUGGUGCAGACUCAGGCAGCCCCAGUACAACCACAGGGGUUAAAGUAGUUAGUGAAGCAGACAAUACGUAUAACAGAGCCUCUAGCAGUGUGUCUAGUGCAGACUCUGGCAGCCACAGUACAACCACAGGUGUUACAGUAGUUAGUGAAGCAGACAAUACGUACAACAAAUCCUCUAACAGUGUGUCUAGUGCAGACUCUGGCAGCCCCAGUACAACCACAGGUGUUACAGUAGUUAGUGAAGCAGACAAUACGUACAACAAAUCCUCUAACAGUGUGUCUAGUGCAGACUCUGGCAGCCCCAGUACAACCACAGGUGUUACAGUAGUUAGUGAAGCAGACAAUACGUACAACAGAGCCUCUAACAGUGUGUCUAGUGCAGACUCUGGCAGCCCCAGUACAACCACAGGUGUUACAGUAGUUAGUGAAGCAGACAAUACGUAUAACAGAGCCUCUAGCAGUGUGUCUGGUGCAGACUCUGGCAGCCCCAGUACAACCACCAGUGUUACAGUAGUUAGUGAAGCAGACAAUACGUAUAACAGAGCCUCUAGCAGUGUGUCUGGUGCAGACUCUGGUCGCCCCAGUACAACCACCAGUGUUACAGUAGUUAGUGAAGCAGACAAUACGUAUAACAGAGCCUCUAACAGUGUGUCUGGUGCAGACUCUGGCAGCCCCAGUACAACCACAGGUGUUACAGUAGUUAGUGAAGCAGACAAUACGUACAACAGCGCCUCUAACAGUGUGUCUGGUGCAGACUCUGGCAGCCCCAGUACAACCACAGGUGUUACAGUAGUUAGUGAAGCAGACAAUACGUAUAACAGAGCCUCUAGCAGUGUGUCUGGUGCAGACUCUGGCAGCCCCAGUACAACCACAGGGGUUAAAGUAGUUAGUGAAGCAGACAAUACGUAUAACAGAGCCUCUAGCAGUGUGUCUGGUGCAGACUCUGGCAGUCCCAGUACAACCACAGGUGUUAAAGUAGUUAGUGAAGCAGACAAUACGUAUAACAGAGCCUCUAACAGUGUGUCUGGUGCAGACUCUGGCAGUCCCAGUACAACCACAGGUGUUAAAGUAGUUAGUGAAGCAGACAAUACGUACAACAGAGCCUCUAACAGUGUGUCUGGUGCAGACUCUGGCAGCCCCAGUACAACCACAGGUGUUACAGUAGUUAGUGAAGCAGACAAUACGUACAACAAAUCCUCUAACAGUGUGUCUAGUGCAGACUCUGGCAGCCCCAGUACAACCACAGGUGUUAAAGUGGUUAGUGAAGCAGACAAUACGUACAACAGAGCCUCUAACAGUGUGUCUAGUGCAGACUCUGGCAGCCCAAGUACAACCACAGGUGUUAAAGUAGUUAGUAAAGCAGACAAUACGUACAACAGAGCCUCUAACAGUGUGUCUAGUGCAGACUCUGGCAGCCCAAGUACAACCACCAGUGUUACAGUAGUUAGUGAAGCAAACAGUACGUACAACAGCGCCUCUAACAGUGUGUCUAUUGCAGACUCUGGCAGUCACAGUACAACCACCAGUGUUACAGUAGUUAGUGAAGCAGACAAUACGUACAACAGCGCCUCUAACAGUGUGUCUAGUGCAGACUCUGGCAGUCACAGUACAACCACCAGUGUUACAGUAGUUAGUGAAGCAGACAAUACGUACAACAGCGCCUCUAACAGUGUGUCUAGUGCAGACUCUGGCAGUCACAGUACAACCACCAGUGUUACAGUAGUUAGUGAAGCAGACAAUACGUACAACAGCGCCUCUAACAGUGUGUCUAGUGCAGACUCUGGCAGUCACAGUACAACCACCAGUGUUACAGUAGUUAGUGAAGCAGACAGUACGCACAACAGCGCCUCUAACAGUGUGUCUGGUGCAGACUCUGGCAGCCCCAGUACAACCACCAGUGUUACAGUAGUUAGUGAAGCAGACAGUGCGUACAAAAGAGCCUCUAACAGUGUGUCUAGUGCAGACUCUGGCAGCCACAGUACAACCACAGGUGUUAAAGUAGUUAGUGAAGCAGACAAUACGUACAACAGAGCCUCUAACAGUGUGUCUAGUGCAGACUCAGGCAGCUACAGUACAACCACCAGUGUUACAGUAGUUAGUGAAACAGACAGUACGCACAACAGCGCCUCUAACAGUGUGUCUGGUGCAGACUCUGGCAGUCCCAGUACAACCACAGGUGUUAAAGUAGUUAGUGAAGCAGACAAUACGUACAACAGCGCCUCUAACAGUGUGUCUGGUGCAGACUCUGGCAGUCCCAGUACAACCACAGACUCUGGCAGCCACAGUACAACCACCAGUGUUACAGUAGUUAGUGAAGCAGACAAUACGUACAACAGCGCCUCUAACAGUGUGUCUGGUGCAGACUCUGGUCGCCCCAGUACAACCACCAGUGUUACAGUAGUUAGUGAAACAGACAAUACGUACAACAGAGCCUCUAGCAGUGUGUCUAGUGCAGACUCUGGCAGCCCCAGUACAACCACAGGUGUAAAAGUAGUUAGUGAAGCAGACAAUACCUACAAUGGCGCCUCUAACAGUGUGUCUAGUGCAGACUCUGGCAGCCCCAGUACAACCACCAGUGUUACAGUAGUUAGUGAAGCAGACAGUACGCACAAAAGCGCCUCUAACAGUGUGUCUGGUGCAGACUCUGGCAGCCACAGUACAACCACCAGUGUUACAGUAGUUAGUGAAGCAGACAAUACGUACAACAGCGCCUCUAACAGUGUGUCUGGUGCAGACUCUGGUCGCCCCAGUACAACCACCAGUGUUACAGUAGUUAGUGAAACAGACAAUACGUACAACAGAGCCUCUAGCAGUGUGUCUAGUGCAGACUCUGGCAGCCACAGUACAACCACGGGUGUUAAAGUAGUUAGUGAAGCAGACAGUGCGUACAACAGAGCCUCUAACAGUGUGUCUAGUGCAGACUCAGGCAGCUACAGUACAACCACCAGUGUUACAGUAGUUAGUGAAGCAGACAGUACGCACAACAGCGCCUCUAACAGUGUGUCUGGUGCAUACUCUGGCAGUCCCAGUACAACCACAGGUGUUAAAGUAGUUAGUGAAGCAGACAAUACGUACAACAGAGCCUCUAACAGUGUGUCUGGUGCAGACUCUGGCAGUCCCAGUACAACCACAGGUGUUACAGUAGUUAGUGAAGCAGACAAUACGCACAACAGAGCCUCUAACAGUGUGUCUGGUGCAGACUCUGGCAGUCCCAGUACAACCACAGGUGUUACAGUAGUUAGUGAAGCAGACAAUACGUAUAACAGAGCCUCUAACAGUGUGUCUGGUGCAGACUCUGGCAGUCCCAGUACAACCACAGGUGUUAAAGUAGUUAGUGAAGCAGACAAUACGUACAACAGAGCCUCUAACAGUGUGUCUAGUGCAGACUCAGGCAGCUACAGUACAACCACCAGUGUUACAGUAGUUAGUGAAACAGACAGUACGCACAACAGCGCCUCUAACAGUGUGUCUGGUGCAGACUCUGGCAGUCCCAGUACAACCACAGGUGUUAAAGUAGUUAGUGAAGCAGACAAUACGUACAACAGAGCCUCUAACAGUGUGUCUAGUGCAGACUCUGGCAGCCCCAGUACAACCACCAGUGUUACAGUAGUUAGUGAAGCAGACAGUACGCACAACAGCGCCUCUAACAGUGUGUCUGGUGCAGACUUUGGCAGCCACAGUACAACCACCAGUGUUACAGUAGUUAGUGAAGCAGACAAUACGUACAACAGCGCCUCUAACAGUGUGUCUGGUGCAGACUCUGGUAGCCCCAGUACAACCACCAGUGUUACAGUAGUUAGUGAAGCAGACAAUACGUACAACAGAGCCUCUAGCAGUGUGUCUAGUGCAGACUCUGGCAGCCCCAGUACAACCACAGGUGUUAAAGUAGUUAGUGAAGCAGCCAAUACCUACAAUGGCGCCUCUAACAGUGUGUCUGGUGCAGACUCUGGCAGCUACAGUACAACCCCAGGUGUUACAGUAGUUAGUGAAGCAGACAAUACGCACAACAGCGCCUCUAACAGUGUGUCUGGUGCAGACUCUGGCAGCCACAGUACAACCACCAGUGUUACAGUAGUUAGUGAAGCAGACAGUACACACAGCAGCGCCUCUAACAGUGUGUCUAGUGCAGACUCUGGCAGUCCCAGUACAACCACCAGUGUUACAGUAGUUAGUGAAGCAGACAGUACACACAGCAGCGCCUCUAACAGUGUGUCUGGUGCAGACUCUGGCAGCCACAGUACAACCACCAGUGUUACAGUAGUUAGUGAAGCAGACAGUUCACACAGCAGCGCCUCUAACAGUGUGUCUGGUGCAGACUCUGGCAGUCCCAGUACAACCACCAGUGUUACAGUAGUUAGUGAAGCAGACAGUACACACAACAGCGCCUCUAACAGUGUGUCUGGUGCAGACUCUGGCAGCCACAACUCUGGCAGUCCCAGUACAACCACAGGUGUUAAAGUAGUUAGUGAAGCAGACAAUACGUACAACAGAGCCUCUAACAGUGUGUCUAGUGCAGACUCUGGCAGCCCCAGUACAACCACCAGUGUUAAAGUAGUUAGUGAAGCAGACAAUACGUACAUCAGAUCCUCUAACAGCGUGUCUAGUGCAGACUCUGGACAUCCGAGUCGAACGACCAGUGUCACAGUAGUUAGUAAAGCAGACAUAGUUAGUGAAGCAGACAGUUCGCACAACAGCGCCUCUAACAGUGUGUCUGGUGCAGACUCUGGCAGUCCCAGUACAACCACAGGUGUUAAAGUAGUUAGUGAAGCAGACAAUACGUAUAACAGAGCCUCUAACAGUGUGUCUGGUGCAGACUCUGGUCGCCCCAGUACAACCACCAGUGUUACAGUAGUUAGUGAAGCAGACAGUACGCACAACAGCGCCUCUAACAGUGUGUCUGGUGCAGACUCUGGCAGCCACAGUACAACCACCAGUGUUACAGUAGUUAGUGAAGCAGACAAUACGUACAACAGCGCCUCUAACAGUGUGUCUGGUGCAGACUCUGGUCGCCCCAGUACAACCACCAGUGUUACAGUAGUUAGUGAAGCAGACAAUACGUACAACAGAGCCUCUAGCAGUGUUUCUAGUGCAGACUCUGGCAGCCCCAGUACAACCACAGGUGUUAAAGUUGUUAGUGAAGCAGACAAUACCUACAAUGGCGCCUCUAACAGUGUGUCUGGUGCAGACACUGGCAGCUACAGUACAACCACAGGUGUUACAGUAGUUAGUGAAGCAGACAAUACGCACAACAGCGCCUCUAACAGUGUGUCUGGUGCAGACUCUGGCAGCCCCAGUACAACCACCAGUGUUACAGUAGUUAGUGAAGCAGACAGUACGCACAGCAGCGCCUCUAACAGUGUGUCUGGUGCAGACUCUGGCAGUCCCAGUACAACCACAGGUGUUAAAAUAGUUAGUGAAGCAGACAAUACCUACAAUGGCGCCUCUAACAGUGUGUCUAGUGCAGACACUGGCAGCUACAACACUGGCAGCCCCAGUACAACCACAGGUGUUAAAGUUGUUAGUGAAGCAGACAAUACCUACAAUGGCGCCUCUAACAGUGUGUCUGGUGCAGACACUGGCAGCUACAGUACAACCACAGGUAAUACAGUAGUUAGUGAAGCAGACAAUACGCACAACAGCGUCUCUAACAGUGUGUCUGGUGCAGACUCUGGCAGCCCCAGUACAACCACCAGUGUUACAGUAGUUAGUGAAGCAGACAGUACGCACAGCAGCGCCUCUAACAGUGUGUCUGGUGCAGAUUCUGGCAGCCCCAGUACAACCACAGGUGUUAAAAUAGUUAGUGAAGCAGACAAUACGUACAACAGAGCCUCUAACAGUGUGUCUAGUGCAGACUCUGGCAGCCCCAUAGUUAGUGAAGCAGACAGUACGCACAACAGCGCCUCUAACAGUGUGUCUGGUGCAUACUCUGGCAGUCCCAGUACAACCACAGGUGUUACAGUAGUUAGUGAAGCAGACAAUACGUACAACAGAGCCUCUAACAGUGUGUCUAGUGCAGACUCUGGCAGCCCCAGUACAACCACCAGUGUUACAGUAGUUAGUGAAGCAGACAGUACGUACAACAGAGCCUCUAACAGUGUGUCUAGUGCAGACUCUGGCAGCCCCAGUACAACCACCAGUGUUACAGUAGUUAGUGAAGCAGACAGUACGUACAACAGAGCCUCUAACAGUGUGUCUAGUGCAGACUCUGGCAGUCCCAGUACAACCACAGGUGUUAAAGUAGUUAGUGAAGCAGACAAUACGUACAACAGAGCCUCUAACAGUGUGUCUAGUGCAGACUCUGGCAGCCCCAGUACAACCACCAGUGUUACAGUAGUUAGUGAAGCAGACAGUACGCACAACAUCGCCUCUAACAGUGUGUCUGGUGCAGACUCUGGCAGCCACAGUACAACCACCAGUGUUACAGUAGUUAGUGAAGCAGACAAUACGUACAACAGCGCCUCUAACAGUGUGUCUGGUGCAGACUCUGGCAGCCACAGUACAACCACCAGUGUUACAGUAGUUAGUGAAGCAGACAAUACGUACAACAGCGCCUCUAACAGUGUGUCUGGUGCAGACUCUGGUAGCCCCAGUACAACCACCAGUGUUACAGUAGUUAGUGAAGCAGACAAUACGUACAACAGAGCCUCUAACAGUGUGUCUGGUGCAGACUCAGGCAGCCCCAGUACAACCACAGGUGUUAAAGUAGUUAGUGAAGCAGACAAUACGUACAAUAGCGCCUCUAACAGUGUGUCUAGUGCAGACUCUGGCAGCUACAGUACAACCACAGGUGUUACAGUAGUUAGUGAAGCAAACAAUACCUACAAUGGCGCCUCUAACAGUGUGUCUGGUGCAGACACUGGCAGCUACAGUACAACCACAGGUGUUACAGUAGUUAGUGAAGCAGACAAUACGUACAAUAGCGCCUCUAACAGUGUGUCUAGUGCAGACUCUGGCAGCUACAGUACAACCACAGGUGUUACAGUAGUUAGUGAAGCAAACAAUACCUACAAUGGCGCCUCUAACAGUGUGUCUGGUGCAGACACUGGCAGUCCCAGUACAACCACCAGUGUUACAGUAGUUAGUGAAGCAGACAGUACGCACAACAGAGCCUCUAACAGUGUGUCUAGUGCAGACUCAGGCAGCCCCAGUACAACCACAGGUGUUAAAGUAGUUAGUGAAGCAGACAAUACGUACAAUAGCGCCUCUAACAGUGUGUCUAGUGCAGACUCUGGCAGCUACAGUACAACCACAGGUGUUACAGUAGUUAGUGAAGCAAACAAUACCUACAAUGGCGCCUCUAACAGUGUGUCUGGUGCAGACACUGGCAGCUACAGUACAACCACAGGUGUUACAGUAGUUAGUGAAGCAGACAAUACGCACAACAGAGCCUCUAACAGUGUGUCUAGUGCAGACUCUGGCAGCCCCAGUACAACCACCAGUGUUACAGUAGUUAGUGAAGCAGACAAUACGCACAACAGCGCCUCUAACAGUGUUUCUGGUGCAGACUCUGGCAGUCCCAGUACAACCACAGUAGUUGUUGAAGCGCCUCUAACUGUGUCUGGUGCAGACUCUGGCAGCCCCAGUACAACCACAGGUGUUACAGUAGUUAGUGAAGCAGACAAUACCUACAAUGGCGCCUCUAACAGUAGUUAG